AUGCUUCUAUGUCCAAAAACGAAGAUCAAGAACACUUAAAAGUGUAGUUCUUUCUUCAUAUAGGCACCAUGAUCAGUGUGAUGGUCAAAUAAUCUGUUCUAAAGUCUAAUCUUAGAAGUUGUGGGACUAUCUAUAUUAAUUCAACCAUUACCUUCCCCCUCCACAGCUGAUUCUGCUGGCUGCACAAAUGUACAUCAAAAGCCAAUUUUUAUAACUAAUAAAAGUAGAAAAGGCGAAUUCCAGACAAGAAGGAAGUUUCCAAUAUGAUGUAUCAUUGAUUAUUAUAGGUCAAAACAACUUUCCUUUUUGCACACAGCAAAUCACAACAAACAAUCAAAUGUAACAAUCAUACACUUUAUAGUCCAUAAAGUAGCUAGGCAGCAUCUUCCUCCCUCCCACAACCUCCAUUAUCAAUCUCUCUAAAACAAACUCACAACUUUCAUUCUUUUCUCUUCUUAUCUCCCAUGCAAUAAACACAAGUACACAACACAGCACAAAUUAAAAAAUGGGCAACCUUUGUACAUGCUUAUCUUAUGAAGUUGUGAACCCCAAGCAAAACCCAAAGCGCCUAUACAAUCGAUCAAGCUCUGCUCCUGCUAGCAGCAGCAAUCGUUGGUCUAAAUUCCGAUCAUCGAAGCGCGAAAAUUUCAAGUUUGAUGAUCCUGUCCUUCAUCAACAAGCGCUUGCUGCGGCUGCCAUCAUUCUUCAACAACAACAGCGCCAGAAUGGGUCCCUCCCCUUUGAUCGAUCCACUUCUGUACGAUACGCAACUUCAAAUAAUAAUGGGAGUUCUAAGAAUAAAAAUGGUGUUACUUUGCCUCGUAGUUCCAGUUCUCGAGCUCGCUCUCUUACUGAUCCUCUUCUUCAACCUCAUCAACUUCUUAAUCAGGAUGGAGGACUUGAUGGUGUAGAAACUAAUAGUUUUGUGCUUGUCCAUGGGGGUGGUUUUGGUGCUUGGUGUUGGUACAAAACAAUUGCACUUCUGGAAGAAUGUGGAUAUAAGGUUACUGCCGUAGACUUAACUGGUUCUGGUAUUCAUUCAUAUGACACCAAUGGAAUUACAAGUCUUUCACAAUAUGUCAAGCCACUUACCAACUUUCUUGACAAACUUGCUGAUGGAGAAAAGGUGAUAUUAGUGGGACACGAUUUUGGUGGCGCUUGCAUAUCAUAUGCCAUGGAAAUGUUUCCAUCCAAAAUAUCAAAAGCUGUUUUUGUUGCAGGAACAAUGUUGGUUAAUGGACAAAGUGCUCUCGAUGUCUUCUCACCGCAGGAAGAUUCCAAGGAUCUAAUGCAACAGGCUCAAAUUUUCCUUUAUGCAAAUGGAAAAAAUAAUCCUCCAACUGCUAUUGAUCUUAACAAGUCAUCACUGAAGGAGUUUCUAUUUAACCAGAGUCCAACUAAGGAUGUUGCUUUGGCAUCUGUGUCAAUGAGACCAAUACCAUUUGCACCAGUUUUAGAAAAACUGUGUCUUUCAGACAAGAACUAUGGUACUGUGCGGCGAUUUUACAUAGAGACUACAGAAGAUAAUGCAAUUCCUGUCGCGGCACAAGAAAAAAUGACAAAAGCAGCCCCUCCAGAACAGGUCUUUUGUCUCAAAGGUGCAGAUCAUUCACCAUUCUUUUCAAAGCCGCAAGCAUUGCACAGACUCUUGGUUGAGAUCUCAAAAGUUACCUGAGUUUGUGACUCCUUUCUGUGCAACGCUAAUAUGAAGUUACAUUGCCCUGAUGCAAUACUUAUAUUCGCACAUGAAUAUAAACAGAUGUGGUGUGCACAUUGUAUAGGUCGCUGACUACUCAUGGAGCAUUUUCAGUAGUUCCACAGCUCUAGAGUUUUGCUGUUACACACCUCAACAAAUUUAAGUGCUUUGUUUUCGGGGAUGGUCACUGUAGUAGGUUCAGUGCUUCAUCAGCGAAAGAUGAUAGGUGUUUGUGAAUAGAGCCAUUAUUUUGGUACAACUCUUAGGUGGUUCCGGGUACACCUGGAGUUAGGUGUAUACAAGACUUAUUUUGUGAUUUGUGUAUUUGGAUGACUUCAAAUGAGUAUAAAAGUAGCCUCAAAUGAGAAAACAAAUAAAUAGUAGACCUCUUUAGACUUAAGGUAAGACAUGUAAUUUUUUUUGACUUGAAAGUGUUUUUUCUCAAAGAGGUGUGUAGAGAGAGGGUUUUUGAAAUAAUAUUUUGGGUCAUAAACA